AUGAUAUUUGCAAAUAAACAUCAGUUUUUGAAUUCGGUAGAUUUUUUUAACGCAAAUUUUGUUAAUAUUAAUGAGCCACUUCGAAUUUCGGUUAACGAUCAACGUUUCUCGCUGAAGAGACAAAAGCGCGGUUCUGCUGUGAUUUUUGAAAAUGAUAAAUGGCCAAACGGACGUAUUCCAUAUGUUAUUUCUUCCACUUAUACUCUUUAUCAACGUGCUAUAAUUGCUCGUGCAAUAGCUGCUUAUACUGCACGAACAUGCAUUCGUUUUACUCCUCGACAACUAUAUGAUAGAGAUUAUAUUAUUAUCUCAAAAACUGAUGGAUGUUUUGCUGAUUUUGCACAUGUUGGAGGAGGUCCACAACAAGUAUCGCUUGCCGAUGAAUGCUUAAAUUAUGCAACUGUAAUUCAUGAAUUAAUGCAUGUAAUAGGUUUCAUUCAUGAGCAUCAACGCGCUAACACCGAUUUCGAAAAACUGACUUCAGUAAAACUAUCGUAUUAUGGUGAACGCUAUGAUUAUUUCUCUAUCAUGCACUACGAAUCAACGGAAGGUAGUCGUAAUGGAAAAAACACAGUAGAAGCGAGAAUCCAAGCAAUCACCCCACUGAUGGGUAAAAGUUCUGACUUCUCAUCAAGUGAUAUUAAUAGAAUUAAUCGAGCUUAUAAAUGUUAG